GAAGCUUGUCAUUCGUUGAUUCGUUUUCGGAAACGCGCGUUGCGGAUCGGUGUUAGUUCCAAGUUUUUGUGAAAUUUUCCAGUGAAAUUACGGUGAAAUCCCGUCGAAAACCGUCCCAAAUGGAUCAAUACGUUCCGGUGCAGUAUCGGGAAGUUCCGAUGAGGCAACUUUUCUCGAAUGCCAGCAGCUGGCGCGAGAUAAACGUUAGCACCGGUGGAAUCCAUAAUAUGCUCCAGGAUGUGAAGACGUCGGAACAGUGCGGUGGAUACUGCUUUGCUGAACGGGAGGACUUCCGCUCAAAUCGGUUUAUUUAUUGGCGAACUUGUCGCGAUUCAAUUUUUCUGAGCGAGGUAAGCAUGAAUCUGAACCUCACCAAGAACAACCUGAAAAUCGGAUUCGAUGAGAGUCCCAUUCUGUCGGUGGACAUCAGUGGCAAUCAGAUGCAGGUUUUCAUACUGAUCGUAACCGUUACCAGUGUGCAUCGAAUUGUACUGCGGCAUCCCAAGGUCAGCAGUGUUAAUCCGGAUGGAACGCCGGAGUCAAUUUUGGCCACCGUUAGCCGAGAGCAGAUUUGUGAUCCGUCUUCCUUCUACGUUAUCAGCAAUGAUAUUGGUCAGUGCUUGCCUGCCAUUGCUGCGGCCUAUCGCGUCGAGUACGAUACUGGCGAUAGUGAUGCAUUUUUCGCCGUAUCGACAGUGUCGGCCUUGUUCCUGUUCCAGAUGGGUCAUCAUGGAGGCGUGAAGGUCAUCGAGCUGAAGCACAAUCAACUGAUUUCGAGAUUUUUCUCCAACCUUACCGACGCUUGGAGGAAGAAAAACGCCAACGCUCCCGAUCAAAUCGUCUCGCUAAUGUUCGAUCAGUUAAAUGGUCAAUCCGUGCUGUACGCGUUUUAUCGGAACAAUGUCGCCCGGGUGUGGUCCACCAGUGGGUCGUGCGUCGGUGCCGAGUGUUUCGUCAAAAAUGGCGACCAAAAACAGGACGGAUCCCAAACCAACAUGGUUCGAAAGUCGGAUAAUCUUAUCGGGGUGUUUCUGGCAUACUCGGACUGUUCGGAGUUCAUCAUCCUUCGACCAACGUCGGACGAUUCAGGCAAUGUGUCGCUCGUGAAGGAAACUGCCAUUCUGGCACCGAACUACGAUCUAAUCGACUUCAAGCUAUCCAAUCAGAGUAUUUGGGCGUUGUGGUGUAAUGCGGAAGGAGAAAUGCAAGUCCUCACCUACUCGCUGAGUAGUGAAAUCGACAGUUUCUGGUUGCCGAUUCCGUUGGAGAGUAUGGACGAUAAGUACACGGCCAAGCUGGAAAAGGGUACAGACUUGAAGCAUGUCUAUUGCAGCCGGAUUUUCCAUUCCGGUCGAUUCCACAACAACGUCAUCGCCAAGACACUAUCGAUGUUCAACCGAAGCUUCACUUACUCGGGAGCUACCAUUUCCACGGCGGCACUGAAACGCCACGUCUGUAGCUACAUCGACGGGGAACUGCAGAACGAACGCAAACUGCAGAACAUCACCGACGAGGAUUUCAUCGAGCUGUCCUCCAACCUGUGGGAAAAGUUCUAUCUGUGCUGCUCGCAGUACAAUUUCGAAGCCUGCCAGCCGAUCGGGAUGCUCAUUCUGGACCGGAUGGAUGCCUUCUGUCUGAUCCGGAAGAAGUUCAUUUCGUUCUUCCGGCCUUGUGACGACCUGGAGGUUGCGUUCCUUUCGGAGAAUUAUCCGGGCAGUGUGGCCAGUGGCAGCGGGUCCGGUGGUGGCAAAUCGUUGCAACAGGACGUGGCCGUACUUAUUCGAGUGCUGAAGCAAAUCGAUAAGUUUGUUCCGGAAGAUGAUAAGCUGGAAAUCGAAUCGUGCCUGUUCCAACUGCGAUCAACCAAGGACGUGAUGGAAGCCAUCGCUGCGUCGCAAUGCUUCGGAAAUCAGUGCAACCUUACUUCUGUUAUCCAAUCAAUCGAAGACUUACCUAAAGCCAUGGCCGUCGUAUUGCAGAAGCUGAAACUAGACUACGAGCCUUCGGCAGAGGCUAGCUUCGUUUCUUUCUCCAAACAACUGCCUUUCGGUGGACUGCUCGGAGUCCAGCUGCUCACGGAAACCGUCCGGCAAAUGAUCCAACUGCGUUACAUGGUGGUGCGCAAUCUGAUCGUACUGCAACACUUGCUGCUGAACAACUUUGCCCUCAACUGCAAUGCCAUGGAAAUCAUUCGCUCCAAGUGCAUUCCGGACAGUGAAGUUUUCCUGCAGUCCUAUUACGUCAUGAACUGGAUUGCGGAAUCGACGGUGGAUUACGCGGCUAUUAGGAGCAAAUCCCUAGAAAGCGACGUCUCGUUGGUGAUCGGCUACGAGGAGGCCUAUUCGUUGGAGUACAUCUCGCUGUUGCAUCUGUUUGUGGCCACGCGUGGUUUGAAAACCUGUAUGGCAUCCGAAGAGGGUCAACGUAUCGCGGCUAGUUCCGAGUGGUUUUCGGUGUUGUUGGACAUUUCCAACGGUCUGCUGCGGCUGAUAUGGCCAGUGGCAGGAGAUUUUACGUUCGGACAGUGGCUGAUGCAGGGGGAGAUGCAUACGUUCAUCGAAGAAUACGUGCGUUUGCUGAACUCGUGGUGCGAAUGGAAUAACUGUUCUCGAAAUUUCAUUCUGGCCAAAUCUUACCUGAUGAAUGGAGAAAAUGCGAAAGCUCUCGACCUGUUUCCCCAAUCGGCAAAGGGGAUCCACAAGGAACCAUACCUCAUCAACUUCACCAAACCGUCCGAUUCGUCGUCGGUGCCACCGGACGAGAUGCUUAGUAUUUUUUACCUGAAGGUCAUUCGCCUGUUCGAACACUACGGAGCGUACGACUGUAUCAACGUGUUGGCUCAAAUUGCCAUCGGCACGUCGGUCCACAGCAAGCAACAGGCCAUGUUCCAGAGCAUCGACUUUAGCAGCCACAUGGAGCUGGGCCACUAUGAGGAGGCGUACCACUCGCUGGUGUACAAUUGCGAGAUUACUAGGAAGAAGGACUGUUUGAGGCAGUUGGUGUGGCGGCUGUUCCAAGCGAAGAAGUUCAACGUGCUGGUAGACCUUCCGUAUUAUGGACUGGAAGCCGACUUCCAGAACAUUAUGGAGAUGCACGCCCGCUCGGUGGAAAUCUCCGAGAAUAGUCACUACGAUUUCUUGUAUUCGUAUCAUAUUCUGCAGGGGAAUAUGCGUAAAGCUGCUCUGAUUGCAUACGAAAAGGCGAUGCGAUGUCAUCUGGAGUGCAACUCGCUGGUGUUCUUGAAGAUGCGUUGCGAAGCCUUGCUCAAGUGUAUAAAUGCGUUAAAUCUGGUGGUUCCCGAAUACGCUUGGAUUGCAAAGCCAUCCAUCUUCAAGGAGAGCAAAUCCCAAGAAGAAUCGACACCGCAGAUCGAGGUAAUCAGUCUGCAGGAUGUUCGUAAGGAACUCAUGGUGACGGAGGCGGUCCUGGAAAUCUCCAAACAUCUGGAAGACUAUCGAGCAGUGCUCGAUGUGGACACCAACGAACUGAUAGUCAUUCUGGCAAAUGCCAAAUUGUACUCGACAGCGUUCAAGUUAGCGCAUGCUCUGGACAGAAGCGUGCUGCCGGUGUACGAAAGUUUGGCCACGUCGUGCGUGAUGUGUAGCCUGCAGGAAACUGCCGACAACUGGGACUGGCUGCACAAGAACAACUUAGCAGAUUCAGUAAUCAGCCAAGACAGCACUGAUACCGCAUGGAAGUUCCUAAAACACUGCCUAUCGAAUGAAACCAAGGACCAGGAAGCGUGCCACGUCAUGGCUAUGAAUCAGAUCAUAUCGAAAAAUGCCUUUCCACCGCAGUGGCUGACCGACUGGUGUAUGAAUAAGACUCCAACGAAGCUGCUGCAGCUAUACAUCAACUACGGUCGUUUAGAAGAGGCUUUCGACAUUGCCGUUAAGCUGAUCCAAGCGCAACUGAUCAGCCGCAGUUCGAUUACGGCGUUGCACUUGAACCGAUUCCUACUUCCAGUUACAUUGAUUGAUCGGCUUCAGUAUGAGCUCAGCAAGGAGGUAAAAUUUCAAGAGAAAACGAAUCUUCUGGGGCAACUUAUUGGCUGCAUAGCAAAGUAAGUAAGUAUCUGUUUGUAACAUAAUUUCCAUUGAAAAUGUACUUGAUUUUCAUCAACAUGAA